AUGAAUGGAUUCAUCAAUCAUCGAUUUUUACGGUUUAUCAAGUAUUUGCUCAUUGUUUUAUCUAUUUUCGCUGUCUAUAGUCUUAUUAUCCCCUCGAAAAAUGUCUUGAAAGAACGUGGAAAACCAAAAUAUGUUGAAAACUACAAAUGUCCUGCCGAUUGGACCCCGAAAGAUGAAGAAAAUUGGGAAUUUCAUCAAAAUAAUGGGACGGAUCAAAAAGUGUUACUAAUCUCAGACUCAUUAUUCUCAAGGCACGGAAAACUGAUAACUCAAGUGUUGACUGCUCUAAAAAUUCCAUUCAAAUCAGAAGCUGUUUCGAAAAACAUUCCAGUUCUCACAACAUCAAGAAAAGGACGAUAUUCGUUAAUUAUAAUUGAAAACUAUUAUAAAUAUUUGAAUAUGCCACGAUGGAAUCGACAACUUUUGGACAAAUAUUGUAUGGAUUAUAAAGUUCCAGUUAUUUCAUUUAUUGCAAGUAAACCAAAUGAUCAAUUAAAACGAAUUAGGAUAAAAGGAAGUUCUCUUUGGAUGUGGCAAAAUCAACAAAUUCAAAGUUUAUCGACGCAUCCUUCAAAAAUCCAUAAAAUCACAAAAGAAAAUACAACAAGAUUAGAUGUGGGAAAUAGUUCAGAUUGGGUGGUUUUCGAAGAAAAUACAAAGAAAUUCGAGACGAUUUUAUCAGGAAAAGUGACGAAAAAUGGAAAAGAUCGAGCUGUUGUUAUUCAUGAUAUUGGAAUAGAAGAUGGAGUAAAUCGAAUAUUAUUUGGUAGAAAUAUAAGUGAUUGGACAAUUAAAAUGACUUUUAUUGAUUCAAUUUGGUGGGCGAUUGGGAAGAAUAUGCAGUUUUCAUUGGAUCGAUUUAUUCAAGUUGAUAUUGAUGAUAUAUUUGUAGGGGCACAGGGAACGAGAAUGCUCGAAGAUGAUGUGAUGUGAGAUUUUUGGGGGUUUUUACAGGCGUGGGAAUUUUAAAAAUAAAUGUCAAUUUAUUUUGAAUCUCAAAACUUGAACUAGAUCUAACUUGUAAAAUAAAUUAUUUACCCCUUAGAUUUUCAGAAAUCUCCUAGCUUAUCAACAAAAGUUCCGUAACAAAUACAACAUCUCAAAUUUCCAUUUCAUGCUCGGAUUUUCUGGAAGCUAUUUUCGAAACGGUGAUGAAAACGAGGAUAAAGGCGAUGAAUUAUUGAUUGAAAAAGCAUCGAAUUUUGUAUGGUUUCCUCAUAUGUGGAGACAUAAUCAUGCUCAUGAACAUAAUUAUACAUAUUUGGAAGCUUUUAUGGUUCAAAAUAAAAUGUUUGCAGAGGUGAGAAUUUGAUGAAACGCGUAAUGUUUUUUAUUAAAUAUUUUCUCAAUUUUCCUGAUUUCAGAACAUGCGACUUCCUGUAAAUUACACUUAUGCAAUCGCUCCUCAACACGAUGGUGUUUAUCCAGUUCAUGAACAAUUAUACGAUGCUUGGAAAAAAGUUUGGAAAGUUAGCGUAACUGCGACUGAAGAAUAUCCACAUUUCAAACCAUCAACAUCUCGCAAAGCAUUCAUCUACAAAAAUAUAUCAGUUCUUCCCAGACAAACUUGCGGACUUUACACACACACUCAAACUUUUGAUACAUAUCCGGGAGGUUUCGAUUAUGUUCAAAAUUUGAUACGAGGAGGCGAUCUGUUUUUUACCGUACUUUUGAACCCGGUUUCUAUUUUUAUGACUCAUCAACAAAAUUAUGCGCAUGAUCGACUGGCUUUGUACACUUUUGAGAAUUUAUUCGAGUUUUUGAGGUGUUGGACAAAUUUGAAAAUCAAAUGGCAAUCGCCAAUUGAAUCGGCCAAAAUGUAUUUUGAGAGAUUUGAAGAGGAAAAGGUGCCGUUGUGGACUGUGAGUUUUUAAAGAAUGGGGAAAUGAGUAGUGAGGAUGGUUCCUUGAAUUGCUUUCGCUGCCUAGAGAGCAAAAGAUCGGACUAGUUCGAGGAACCUGAAAAUCGUAAUUUCAAGCUCGAAAAUUUCAACAAAAAACAUGCUUUUCCGAAAUUUUCAAUAUUAAUUUAAAAUUUUCGGAAAUAAUCAAAUAUUUCAAAAAUUAUUGUUCUCAUCUCAAAACAAGUUUUUUUUCUUCAGAAUCCAUGCAUUGAUCCACGUCAUCGAAUUAUCACUCCACCCUCAAUAAAUUGCUCCAAUCUAACACUGCCAAAUCUUCUCAUCCUCGGCCCUCAAAAAACUGGCUCAACAGCUUUGGCUAAUUUUUUGGAAAUCCACCCAAAUGUUUCUCAAAAUUCAAAUGUUCCUGGAAGCUUUGAAGAAGUCCAAUUUUUCGGUGGAAAUAAUUAUAAGAAAGGAAUUGAAUGGUAUUUAUCAUAUUUCCAACAAAAAGCAGAAAUUGUUUUUGAAAAAAGUGCGACAUAUUUCGAUAAUCCUUUGGCUGCAAAACAAGCAUCGGCAUUGGUUCCAAAUUCGAAAUUAAUUAUUAUUCUUCAAAAUCCAGCGGAUCGCGCCUAUUCUUGGUUUCAACAUAUGUUAGCACAUAAAGAUGAAACUGCUAUGAAUUUGGGAAAUAUGACUCAUAUUUUUGAAGUUUCGAAAAAUAACACACUGGCUAAAAAGUUGUUAAAUCGAUGUGUUUCUGGUGGAAAAUAUAUUCAUCAUUUGGAAAAAUGGUUGGAACAUUUUUCAUUGUCACAAAUUAUGUUUAUUGAUAGCGAUGUAUUGCGGAAUCAACCUAUAAAGGUAGUUUUUGAUCUUUCGACUGCUAUUUCGAAUUUUCAUUGCAAUAUUUGCAGAUCCUCUCAAAAGUCACCGAAUGGUUGGAUUUACCAUAUUUCGAUUAUUCAAAAGUUAUCCGAUUUAGCCCUUCUAAAGGAUUCCAUUGCAAAAUUGAUGAAAAUUCGAAAACUCGUUGUCUUGGAGAAAGCAAAGGUAGAAAAUACGAGAAAAUGGAUGAAGCAACGCGGCUGGAAUUGGAUGAGAUUUUCGCUAUUGAUAAUUCGGCGCUUUUUAAGUUUUUAAGAAAAAGUCGUUUAGAGAUUCCGGGUUGGCUCAGGAAAUUGAUCAAAUAA